AUGCCCAAGUCCACACCGUGCGUGUUCCCAUGGUCCUCGGUGUGGCUGGCAUCUUUGGCUACUUUGGUGGUGCAGUCGGUGCUCUCUUCCUCCUACUCUUCUUCCUCCUCCUCUACAUAUCAGGGAUCUGCAGCCGGUGGGAAGCGACCGGGCUUCAUGGAGAGGACGCUGGUUCUCCUGGAUGUCAACACCCGCAGUCCGAUCAGAGUCCUCAACGACAACUUCCUUUCUCUGCAGCUGGACCCCUCGAUCAUCAAAGACGGUUGGCUGGACUUUCUGAGCUCCAAGCGGCUCGUGACCAUGGCGCGCGGCCUGUCGCCUGCCUUUCUGCGUUUUGGCGGAAAGCGGACCGACUUCCUGCAGUUUAACAACCAGAAAAACCUCGCUAAGUUCAGAGGGCCGGGGCCAGACUACUACCUGAAGAACUACGAGGACGAUAUAGUGCGCAGUGACAUUGCAUUGGACAAACAGAAGGGUUGCAAACUGGCCAACCAUCCUGACAUAAUGCUGGAGCUGCAGAGGGAGAAGGCUGCCACCACACAGCUCGUCCUGCUGAAAGAGCAACUGUCCAACAUCUACAGCAACAUUACAAUAACAGCCAGGUCUUUAGACAAACUGUACAACUUUGCCGACUGUGCUGGUCUGCAUCUGAUCCUGGGGCUUAACGCACUGCACAGAAACCCGGACAACUCCUGGAACACCUCCUCCACACUGAGCCUCCUGAAGUACAGCGCUGGCAAGAAGUACAACAUCUCCUGGGAGCUGGGCAACGAGCCGAAUGCCUACCGCAGCAUGGUGGGUCGUGCAGUCAACAGUACCCAGUUGGCUCAGGACUACGCCAAGCUGCGGACCCUGCUGCAGUCCGUACGCUACUAUCACCGCGCUCACCUCUACGGCCCCAAUGCAGGACGACCCCGGAAGAACGCCAUCCUGCUGCUGGAUGGGUUCAUGAAGAAUGCUGGCUCAGUUGUAGAUGCGGUUACGUGGCAACACUAUUACAUGGACGGCAGAGUGAACAAAGUGGAGGACUUCCUAAAAACCCGUCUGUUGGACACAUUGACGGAGCAGAUCACUAAAGUCACCAAGGUUGUGAACACACAUACUCCUGGUAAGAAGGUGUGGCUUGGCGGACUGGGGCCGGCAUGGGCAGGAGGCAUUAGUAAUCUCUCUGACACAUACGCUGCUGGCUUUCUGUGGGUGAACACGCUGGGUAUGGCUGCUAUGCAGGGGAUAGAUGUUGUGUUGCGUCACUCAUUCUUUGACUACGGAUACACACACCUUGUGGACCAGCACUUCAACCCGUUACCUGAUUACUGGUUUUCUCUGGUCUUCAAGCGUCUGGUUGGUCCGAGGGUUUUAGCGGUGCGGGUGGCUGGACUACAGAGGAGGCCACAACCAGGACGAGUCAUACGAGACAAGCUACGCAUCUACGCCCACUGUACCAGCUACUACAAUCACAACUAUGUGAGAGGGUCCAUAACGAUCUACAUCAUCAACCUGCAUCGGUCGCGAAAGAAAAUCAAGUUGGCGGGGACGUUACGGAACAAAACUGUCCAUCAGUACCUGCUGCAACCGUACGGCACUGACGGACUCAGAGCCAAACAUGUCCAGCUGAACGGGGAGAGGCUGCUCAUGUCGGACAAUGAGACAUUCCCAGAAUUGAAGCCUAAGACAUUGAGGGCUGGACGGACAAUAGCCAUGCCUCCCAUGACCAUAGGCUUUUAUGUAAUCAAGAACAUUAACGCAUACGCCUGUCGAAGAUAA